UUUUUAAAACACAAUUUCAAGAAUUCCGCUACGAAUCGGUAAAGGCAAUUGAACUGCAAAUUCUUAUCAAUUUACAAAACUUAUCGCUAUUUAAAUAAGAAAGAAAUUGCAUUUUUUGUGGAUUGCAAAUAAAAAUUGGAAGAAAAACCCAAAAAAAAAGAAAAUGAAAUCAUCUAAAAGUUUUUUGAUAUGCUUGUUAGCUGGACUCUUCAUUUCUGCGAAUUGUGCAGCUCUAGAAUCGGAAAACAAGACCACUGACAAGCCAGCCGAUGUUGCUUUGACUACGACUUUAUCCAUAACCGAAAGCGACUUAAAUGAAUCAACAACUGUUCCUUCAGUAACUAACGUAACAACGGAUCCGACCCCGGACAAUACAACGGUCCCUCCAGAAACUACAACUUCAUCGUCGACAUCAUCGACUACGACUCCUGCAACUACCACAUCAUCUACUACGACUCCUGCAACUACCACAUCAACUACUACUUCUUCUACCACAAGCACCACCAGCACCACUCCAGCACCAAAUUCAACCACGACUACCACUCCUGUUCCAUCACCCACCACCACCACCGAAAUUCCAUCCACAACAGCUGCUCCUCCAGUUCCUUGCCAUCAUUUCAAUGGAACCUCGUUCAUCGGUGGCAUUGUCCUGACCCUGGGUCUCCUAGCCAUAAGCCUUGUCGCAUAUAAAUUCUAUAAGGCUCGAAACGAGCGCAACUACCACACUUUGUGAGAAGCUAAUUCUGGUUUGUGUAGAUAACCCCAAAAAGAAAAAGAAGAAGAGGGAUGUUUAAAACAUUCACUAAUUUGUGAGACUGUUGGUUAGAUGUAAAGGGCUCGUAAUAUAUCUACAUUUAUAACAAACAAACUCGAAACUACACUGUUUCUCUAUCUUAUUAUUUCUACCAUAAAUGCUUUUAUUUCGUUCAACCAAUAUGUAAAUUUAAGUUUUUCCUUCCAAAGCCUUUAUGAUUGUGGUUAAAAUGUAUUUAACCGCUAUUUAUCCAAUAAAAUGUAUUGCUCGUGAUUAUAUUCUCUUGAUUAACGUAAAUGUUGGUAAUAAGCAUAAAUUUGAUAAUCUGCUUAUAUGAGUCUCAGCACAGUGCCGGAAAUUAUUGAAAAUCCCCAUCAGCAACUAGAAGAAAAUCCUUAUCUUGUUUAGCCAGAAAAUUCAAAUUUUUUUUCUCCAUUGAGAUUAAAUGAGAAUUAUCUUAAAAAUGAGUAAUACAACAAUGUUAAGCUAAAAAUAUAUAUAUUUUUUUAAAUUUCACUAUCAAGCAUUUUGUUUAAAUUGUUCUUACUAAUUAUUGUAUUGAUUUGUUUAUAUUUUUAACUUUUGAACUAAACCUAUGUUGGAUUAAAAAUAAAUAAAUUUGAGUCAGAACUGUGUGUAUAAACAAAUGUAGUUUUUUUUUUGUGGUCGAUUUAUUCGGCUAUCAGUAAAUCCGAUUAAGGGUCAAUUAGGUGUAUACGAUAAGUUUAUUUAAAAAAUUGAUUUAACAGCUUAUGAAUAAUUUUGGGAAAUGUGAUUAAAUAGAGAUUUGUUUGAAUGUAAUGGUGGAUUUAAAUGUAUUCAAGAUUUUAAAUAAAACAACUAAAUAAAAGCUGGAUUUAACUGCAAUAUUAA